AUGCACAAGGCCAGAGACCUUGAUUUCUUCAGUGCUGGAAUAGCUGCCAGAAGAGAGAGUGUGAUGGCUCCGGUCGGGUUCACUAUACGUGUGGUGGUGAUGGUGUUGGGGCUGUUGGUGACAGUGUCGAGAGCACAAGACAUCAUCUUCCCCAAAGAGGAAUUCGAGAGCUGUCAACUCAGGUCCGGACGCCCAGGGAUCUGUCGCUUUAUCCGCUCCUGCCCUGAGGUUCUGCAGACGCUGGCCACUCAGACCCCGGUUCAUUGUGGCUUCGUCGGGAGGGAACCACUGAUCUGCUGUCCGCCCACGACAUAUUUUGUCUUACAAUUUUCUCUCUCAAUUAAGGUAGUGCUAGAGCCUCUAAUUGUGCUAAUUAUUUGA